AUGCUCAUCACGUUGCUGCUGCACGGGGCCGGUUUCCGAGAGUCGGAGCCUUUCCACCUCUACAUCUCCGAUGUAUUCCCGGACCCAGCCAACCCGAGUCAGGCCAGGGUGCUCAUCCAUCACCCGAGCCAUGGCGGAGCACCCGCCGAUUGGCGCGAUGAAAGAGGCAAGUCACGCAAGGGCAACCGGGCGGAAUACCUUGCCCAGCAAUUCGGCCUUGUGCCUCGCAAUGAGUUGAUGGACAGGCGCCAUGCCGGCUGGAAAGGCGGUACGCAUGACGCGGCCUACUACAAGCAGGCGUACUGGUUCUUGCCAGAAUAUGGCAAGUGGUUCCUGCAACUCUGGCACCGUUACCUGGAGCAGGUCGCGCGUAUCGACCGUGGCCACCCGUUUGCCUUUAUCAACCUCAGUCGAGAGCCAGUGGGCGGGGUGUACACGCUCAACCAGUACAACAAGGCGCAUGCCGCCGCCUGUGAACGUAUCGGUCUUACGGUCGGCAAGGCACUGGGCACGACACCCCAUGGCCACCGUCACGCCUAUGGUCGGCGGCUGCGCAACGCCGAUGUCGAUAAGUCGCUCAUCCGUCGCUUUAUGCAUCACGCAUCCGAGGAGAGCCAGCAGGUCUACACGCAAGCGACCACCCACGAGGCCAUCGCAGCACUUGAAACCGCCGCGCAGCGACUGCGGGCUCAGCACGCCGGCCCUCCGACUGUGCUGGGCCGGCCACAGCCGGCAUCCACAACUCGAGGCCUGGCGCGUAUUGGCAGUGGAGUGGCUCCAAGGGGAAACGAGCGGGUUGGGUGGAGGCUUAAUGCCUUGGCGGCCUUCUUCGAACGCUACCUCGUCCAGCAGGGGCUGCCGCUUGACCCCUCGGUGUUCCUGGCCCGCAGCACGGUCCUGCCGGACUUCUACCGCACGACCUGCCCGGAUUCAGCGAAUGGCAUCCAGUACAACAAUAACAUCCACGCCUUCCUGCACUUCGUGCUGCUGCGGGAGUUCAGCGAAGCCGACGACAAUGGCCAACCGGUGGUCUCACCAGCCUUCCGCAACCCUGUGCUCCGGAUGUCCAAGAGUGGCCUGCCCAGGCGGGAUGAGAGCGUCCACUCGCCACUGCCCUAUGGGUACAUUGACGAGUUGCGGCAAAUGCUGGCAGCAGGCCCAAACUUCUGCGACUGGCCGUGGGCGCAGAGCGCUCUGGGUGUGGAAAUUGGCCAGCGCGGGCAAGGUGCACCUGAUUGGUUUGAAGUGACCGAGGGCCAGAUUGACCGGAACGACCCCGACUGCGUGUGGCGAGUCCGCAAGGUGAGUCCGAAAUAUCGCGGUGGCCAGGUGCUGGAGAUGUGGAGCCCGGUGCGUUGGGUUGCCCUGCUCGUGAAGCUCAUCCUGCCGCUGCGAACCUUCCAGCGAACGACGCCCCUCCAGCAAGGGGUGUUUCGCCGCAGCAACCCGCUCUCCGAUGGUAAAGAUGCAUCAACCGUGCUUCACAUCAACACCAACAAGACUGCGGACAUCGCCAAAUCCGGUACAGAGAAAGGCUACGUGUUGCCCUGGUCCUUAGGUGGACCGGUACAUCAGGACGUCUUUUACUGGCUAGAGAAGCUGCGCAAUUGGCAGGAGAAGUACAACCCCGUCUCACGGCGCGCAGCUUGGACGGAACUGGAUGGCCGCCACAUCAAGGCGAAGAGCGAGGUGCAGCUCGCUGGCUAUCCUGACGCUUGCUUCCUCUUCAGGUUCCCGGAGGCCCGAGACGACGAGCGGCAUCUGGCGAUGGUGGAUGGUUCCAUGGAUAGGGCGUGGUUCGUUCUGCUGGAAGCGCUCGAACUGCGACUCGCCGACCUGGGUGAAACCCACCGUAACGGAAACCCGAUUCGCUUCCUCCCGCCGCCAGAGGA